CCACUUGUGUCCUGAAAUGUCCCCGCUGUGUGCACCGACCACCCGUGUUCCGAACUGCCCCGCUGUGUGUGCACUGACCACCCGUGUCCUGAUGGCAUGCCUGGAGUAUAGCUACCUGUGGUGCCCCUGAGUGCUUGAGCCAUCGCUACCCGUUGAGUCCCCGUGAACCAAAUGACCCUAGAAAGCUGGGUGGGAGCUGUGCUGUGGCCAAUCUCCACAGUCUCCAUAGUCCUGUUGAGUCCCCAUGGCCCCUGCCCAGUGGUAGGUUGCCUCCUGUUGCCCGAGCCCCUGCCCAGGGGUAGACUGCCGCCUGUUGCCCGAGGCCCCUGCCCAGUGGUAGGUUGCCGCCUGUUGACCGAGGCCCCUGCCCAGUGGUAGGUUGCCGCCUGUUGCCGCCUGUUGCC